AUGUCAACGGCUGAUUCUAAGGUGGACAAGUCCAGCCUUGGAGGGGAUGCAGGUGUGUCUAAUCUACUUAAGAUGAACUUUCUGUCAAGUGCAUCCAUUGGUGCUGAGUUGGUUGAUCAAAUUCGUCAGGCUGACGAAAUUAGUACUUUCUCAAGUCUUUCCUUAGAAAAACAAAAGGAAGCAACAUUUCAUCUACUUAAAAGAGGAGUAGCUUUUGCUGUUAAAACUAUUCGGAACUCGUCUAUUGUUACCCCCUCUUCUGUUGCUGACUUGGUUAGUCGAAAAGAUGCAUACUUUCCUCUUGAGCACAAGACUGCUGACAACACUCUUAGUUAUGACAAGCUCCUGGCUAGAUUUUGUGCUUAUCACAAGUCUACUGAAGAAUCCAAGUUCGAAGCUACUAUGGAUGCGAACAAGCUAGGCUGUUUGGACUGCAAAAAUGGGUCUGCUCUCUUUUACGCCAUUGGAGAUGAAGACAUCGAAAAGCUCUGCCCUAACUUGCUCCCUAUUCAAAGUAAGUAG